GCUCCUUGAGCUUCGACUUAUACCAAAAAGGCUUCUCUUCCAUCACGAAUAUUGACUACUCGGGUGUUUGCAUCGAGACGAUGGCCCGGAGGCAUGCUGACUGCCCAGGCAUGCGGUGGCUGAAGAUGGAUGCUCGACACCUGGCCUUCUCUGAGGGCACCUUUGAGGUGGUGCUGGAGAAGGGCACUUUAGAUGCUAUGAUGGUGGAAGAAAAGGACCCCUGGAGUGUUUCUGCAGAAACAGCUGGUUUACUUCAGCAGGUGUUGAAGGAGAUCAGCCGGGUGCUGAAACCAGGGGGUCGGUUCAUCUCCAUCACAUUUGCCCAGCCCCACUUCCGGAGGAGGCUGCUGGCCCGCCGUGAGUAUGGCUGGUCCGUCCAGACGCACAGCUAUGGUGUGGGUUUCCAGUACUUCUUGUAUGUUUUAACCAAGGGAGAGACACUGAACCCUGAAGACCAGGCGCUGGAGGACAGGCUUAUGGAGGACAAGGAACCCCGAACUGUGGUGCACCUGCAGGAGCCUGACUCAGAGGACUUCCUGAGCAGAAUUGGUAUCUAGGGCAGUUGGCAUCAAAUGCCUACUGAGGUUUUACCUUCCUUUGGUAUACU